AUGGAGAAAUCCAGACCUUUAUGGGACAAUCGUUUCCAGUUUAUAUUUGCCUGUAUUUCUUAUGCAGUAGGUCUGGGGAAUGUAUGGCGGUUUCCUUAUUUAUGCCAGAUGCAUGGAGGAGGUGGAUUUUUAAUCCCAUACUUGAUUAUGUUAGUUGUGGAAGGAAUGCCAUUGUUAUUCUUAGAGUUGGCAAUAGGACAACAUAUGCACCAAGGGAGCAUUGGCACAUGGAACGCUAUAAGUCCUUACCUCUGUGGAGUUGGAAUUGCCAGUGUUGUUGUGUCAUUUUUCCUCUCCAUGUACUACAAUGUUAUAAAUGGCUGGGCAUUCUGGUAUCUUUUCCAUUCAUUUCAGGAUCCUUUGCCAUGGGCAAGCUGUCCACUGAGUAUUAACCACACAAACUAUGAGGAAGAAUGUGAGAAAGCAACACCGACUCAGUACUUCUGGUAUAGGAAAACCCUCAAUAUUUCUCCAUCCAUUGAGGAAAGUGGAAGCAUCCAAUGGGAGCAAGCAGCUUGUCUCAUCCUGGCUUGGCUAGUGGUCUAUUUGUGUAUUCUGCGUGGAACAGAACAUACUGGAAAGAUUGUUUAUGUAACAGCUACAUUACCUUAUGUAGUCCUUAUUAUAUAUUUAAUCAGAGUCUUAACACUUCAUGGAGCUACUAAUGGACUGCGAUAUAUGUUCACUCCAAAGCUAGAGCAACUAGCAAACCCCAAGACUUGGAUUAAUGCAGCUACUCAAAUCUUCUUCUCUCUCGGCCUGGGCUUUGGUAGUUUGAUAGCGUUUGCCAGCUACAAUGAGCCAAACAACAAUUGUGAGCGACAUGCCAUCAUUGUUUCCUUAAUAAAUAGUGCCACCUCAAUAUUUGCCAGCAUUGUCACAUUCUCCAUUUAUGGUUUUAAAGCAACUUUCAACUAUGAAAGCUGCAUAAACAAGGUGAUCUUGCUGUUGACUAAUUUUUUUGAUCUGAAGGAAGGUUUAUUGACAACAGAAAACCUUGAGAACAUGAAGCAGUACCUAGAAUCUGCUUAUCCUGGAAAAUAUGCAGAAGUAUUGCCACAGAUCAAGAACUGCACUUUGGAAACUGAACUAGACACUGCUGUGCAAGGGACUGGGCUAGCAUUCAUAGUAUAUUCUGAAGCGAUUAAAAAUAUGGAGAUCUCACAAUUGUAUUCAGUGCUAUAUUUUGUCAUGUUGCUGACGCUUGGAAUAGGCAGCAUGCUGGGAAACACUGCAGCCAUUCUUACUCCUCUGACUGACAUCAAGUUCCUCUCUUCUCAUGUACCCAGGGAGAUUAUCUCAGGUAGCGUGUGCAUCAUCAACUGUGUCAUUGGCCUAAUAUUUACUACAAGGGCUGGUAACUAUUGGUUUAAUAUCUUCAAUGAUUAUGCUGCUACUCUUUCCUUGCUGCUUAUUGUACUGGUGGAAACUAUUGCUGUUUGUUACAUAUAUGGGUUAAAAAGAUUUAGUAAAGACCUUUGUGUGAUGAUAGGACAUGAGCCAAGUUGGUAUUGGAAAAUUUUAUGGGCUUUUAUCAGUCCAAUAUUAAUCAUAAGCCUGUUUGUGUUUUACAUCACGGACUACAUCAGGACAGGGAUAUCCCAGUAUCAAGCCUGGGAUGCAACAGAGGGAAAGCUGGUUACAAAAGAUUAUUCAAGAGGUGGCCUAGUAGUUAUUGGUCUGCUUGUGGCAUCAACAUCAUUAUGCAUACCAUUAGGAGCAUUAGUAACUUUUAUAAAGCUCAGAAGAAAUCGCCAAUAAUUGGACUUUAGCAACCGAUGCAGUUUUCACAUCCCAGUUUGAAGAUUAUACGUUUUAAGUGGCAGCAAUCAACAAAGCAAAUCCCGGGUAACCAAAUAUUCCUGCCAAAAUAGACUUAUCCAUUCUCCAUCAAGAAAACGGCUUUGCAGAAGAUAACUGGAGAUUGGUUUUGAUAAAGACAAGAUUAUACUUGAAAAUAUUGGUUCUGUUCAAUUACACAAAGGAAAUCUGGCAUAUGUGAAUGUGAACUCUGGUUGUAAAACAUCCAAGAAGUCAUGUGGUACAAGAAACUGAUUUUUCUAUAUGGAUAGUUUGAUUAUGCAACUCAUUUUCAUGGUAAUUUGUAAGUUAUAUGAACAAAGCAUUGUCAUUCUUUACUACUACCAGAGCUGUAGCAAUCUAAUGAAUGUCCAUAAUUCCCAAAAGAACUAUAAAAACAAUG